GGGCGCAUUCACAAUAGGAUAGAAACAAGCAAGAAUUUCCAGCUGGCAUGUUUUGACAAUUCGAUUAAUUUGUUUCCAAAGCAUUUUAGUAUUUAUUUAACUUGGGGAAAAUAGUUCAUUGCAUAAUUAUUUAUUACUGCGUUCUGAAGAUCAAAGAUUAAAAUGGAGGAUGGAUUUGAUGAUAUGAGUUCAUUUGCAUUAAUGACGCUCGACGAGAGGCUGAUUGAACUAGUACGGAGCCACAAAAUAAUUUACAACAAACAAUGCUUUGGACAUAGAGGCCUUGAGCAAAAACAGGCAGCAUGGAACGCAAUCGGCGAGCAACUGGAUACCACAGCGGAAGAAUGCGCAAAACGAUGGACGAGUUUACGAGAACGUUAUUCCAGAGAGCUGAGGAGACUUGAAAAACUUUCAGAAAGUAAGGAGCAUGUAGUUGUAGACUGGCCCUAUUUUAACUCGCUUUCUUUUCUCAGAGAAUUUGUCAAGCCAAGAGCUCCUCGAAGUACUGGCAAUGAGACGCUGGGUUGGAACUCUCCUGCACCACCGAAAAAGUUUAAAAUGUUUCCUGCUGAAAGUAAUGAAUUUUCCGACACAAGCGACUCUACUACACCACCAACAAAGUACAAAAGCUUUAGUACUGAAAGUAAUGAAUUUCCCGACACAAGCGACUCUCCUGCAACACAAAAAAAGUUCAAAAUCUUAAGUGGUGAAAGUAAUGAAUUUUCCGAUGCAAGCAAUCCGCUAGAAGAAAUCUGCAUAGAAAAAGUUGAGAUGCCAAUAGAAAUUCAAAAUGUCCAAUCACCUGCUGCAGGAGUUAUUGUUAACACAGAAAAUGCUGCAACAAUAAAACGGAUUAAUGCUGUACAAUCUUUUGGUCAAACUGUAGCAGCAAUUCUAUCGGAAAUGAGUGAAGCAAAGCAAGCAAGAGCAAUGCGUGUAUUGUUUAAUGCUUUAAUAACUAUUAAAACAUCGCCCGAAGAAACUUGAGUUUAGAAAAACAGCGUUGUAGUACUUACCUUUUUUAGCUGCGACUAGAAUUGCAGAACGUUUUGCUCUUAUUAAUAUACGGUGUUUUAUUAAUACUAGCCCUUGAACAAGGGAUUAAUUGAAGCGGGCAUUUUCUUUAAUUAUAUACAUACAUACAUACAUACACAUUUUAAUUAACAUUAAUUUGGUACACAGUAUUUUCUACAGUUCAAUGGUCGCCGCGAAUAACGCUGUAACCGAUAAGACUACAAUUUUGCAGAAAUAAAAGAAAACUAGUAAUAACCCCCGAAAAUCGGGGUGCUCUGUGGUCU